AUGUCGCAGAUGCAGGUGACGUGCCCGCCUGGCGUGUACAGCGGGCAUGCCAUUGCGAUCAAUGUGCCGGACACACAGCCGGUGAUGGUCGAAGCGGUUCCCGUUACGCCUGCGUACCCGGACUAUCCGGGCGCGCAGUCUGUGGCGUAUUCCAGCAAUUCAGUGUACCCGGACUAUCCGGGCGUCCCGGCGGCCCCGACUCCAGCAACCAUGUCUCGUGGAAGAAUGGAUGGGCGGGUCCGGGAGAUCCAGAGCGGCUGCUACUACCUGAGGGAUUGCCCCUGCUGCUACUGCACCUAUUACGGUGUCGAUGCCAACAAGGGGUCCGUCGCCAUCGGCCCCUGCUGCUGCAUCCCUCUAGGCUGUUGCCCUUGCCAAACCGAUAAGGCGCACGCGAUUCGGCCGGGGGCAUCUCACUUCCAAGGCAAGGAAGAUGCGCUGUGGUGGGAGAGCUCGACGAGCGUGCGAAAGUUCAACAAGUCCUAUGACCCAGAACAUGGCACGCUCAUGGUCAAGUGUUGCGCUAGAGAGCGUGUGCUUGGAUGA